CGGGACCAAAGGGUCAAAAAGGACGACCUGGUAGACAUGGAAAACCUGGACUAAAGGGCGAUUCUGCACACAUUACAGAAAAGGAUUUGUUGAAACUUCAGCCAAAGUUAAAAGGAGACAAAGGGGAUCCCGGGUCUCCAGGACUACCUGGUCCUAUGGGACCUCAAGGACCUAAGGGUGAAUGUAUUUUUGUUCCACCCCGAGGCAACGGCGGAUUUCUUGGAGGAAAUUCUGAAAUUUGGAAUGAAGGAGAUUUUGGAUCCGGCGACGAUCAGAGCCCACGAGAAUGGCUUCCAGGUCUUUUACAUCGUGGUUCAGCAGGAGAACCUUGCAUGUGUAACAUAUCUUUAAAACAUUUAGAAUCUGUGGUAAGAGGAAAUGAUGGUCUUCCUGGCAUAAAAGGAGAUCGGGGCCCGCCUGGACCUCCUGGGUCACCAGGGUUGGGCCUUCCUGGUUCUGUAGGUCCGAAGGGUGACCAAGGUCAACCUGGUCCUCCUGGCCUGCAAGGACAAAAGGGUGAACCUGGAGUUGAUGGUACACCGGGCAGUCCAGGACCUCGCGGUAUGCCUGGUCCUCCAGGACCCCCGGGUUUGGCUAACGGACAUGGAAAUCCCUUCGAUCUAGACGGUGCCUACGGUUCUGGGUUAUAUCCUAGUUCUGGAGAUGGCCCUUUUGGUCCAUACGUUGGACGCCCAGGUGUGCCUGGAGUGCAGGGCCCACCCGGUUUACCGGGUCCUCCUGGUGUCAGAGGAGAAAGGGGCUAUCAGGGAGAGAAAGGAGAAAGAGGAGAGCCCGGUCAAAAAGGGGAAAAAGGAGAUCAAGGAAUUACUGGAUAUCCAGGAGAAAAGGGUGACAACGGACUGGAUGGCCGUGAUGGCGUUGCAGGCUUACCAGGAUUUAAAGGCGAUAAAGGCGAAAAGGGGGAUGCUGGACCUCCUGGUAUCGGAAUUCCAGGCCCUCCAGGACCACCAGGUUUAUCUGCUGCUUUCCGAAGCUCAGAUGAUGAUGUCGAUAUUGAAUAUGGUAGCACUGGUUCUGCUCUCCGCGUUGCUGGUCCAAAGGGUGAUCCUGGUCCACCUGGAAAGCCUGGGCCUACAGGUGAUCUUGGACCUAAAGGAGAUCGAGGCUCUCGGGGCAAAGAAGGUAAAGUAGGUCCAGCUGGUCCAAAAGGAGAACCUGGAGAGCCUGGUCCCGCUGGACCACCAGGAGUUAGUAGCGUUGUUUCCAGUGAUGGCGAAGUAUCUUUGUUGAUUAAAGGUGAGAAAGGAGACAGAGGGAGAAGGGGGAAGAAAGGUAAAAUUGGGCCCCCCGGACCACCAGGACCUGUUGGACCCAUAGGAGAAAUCGGACUGCCUGGUUUCCCAGGUAGACCAGGAACUCCUGGUAGACUAGGAGAAAAAGGAGAGAAAGGUAACAGCAUAAAAGGUGAUAAAGGAGAACCUGGUCCACCGGGACCUGGAAGUUAUUUAAAUCCGGAUGGAAUAAGUGUUGUCAGCAUUGGCCCUAAAGGCGAUAAAGGAGAUCUCGGUCCUGCAGGUCCCAUAGGGCCUCCAGGAGAAAGAGGUGAGAUGGGACGACCUGGAAACCCUGGACAAAAGGGUGAACCAGGACUUCCAGGGCCCCCUGGUGGGUUAGGAGACGGGAUCACAGGAAACUUUGUACCAGUUCCCGGACCUCCUGGACCACCAGGACCUAGAGGACCACCUGGGGAAACUAUUGAAGGUCCACCUGGUCCUCCAGGCCCACCUGGCCCUCCUGGAGGCGGUCGAACAAAUCCAUACUGGACAGGCAGUAGUAACGUAGGACGAAGAGCAUAUCGCGGAAUUAAGGGAUUGAGAUCAUUUACUAGAGCGAAAGGUGUGCAGAUUCUUCCUGGGCCACCUGGUCCACCGGGUCCUCCAGGACCCCCUGGACCUCCAGGGAAACCUGCAAUCAAUCCUGCUCCCGAAGAGAUCAGAAGACCUACAGUAGUUCCAGGGGCUGUAACUUUCAAGAGUAUGGACACACUGCUUCGGAUGUCAGAUAUAAGUCCUCUGGGCACAUUGGCUUUUGUUUUAGAAGAAGAAUCAUUGCUUGUUCGAGUCAGCGAAGGCUGGCAAUAUGUUGCGCUUGGAUCAUUAGUUGUACAAUCUACUCCAACUCCAACGAAACCUACAACAACGCAUAUCCCCUUCAGUCCUCCUGUCGACAAUUUGAGACUGGAUAAAGCACCACGGCUUCGAAUGGCAGCUCUUAACCAGCCCUUCAGUGGGGACAUGCAUGGCGUCCGGGGAGCAGAUUAUGAAUGUUAUCGACAGUCUAGGCGGGCUAAUUUGCGGGGAACUUUCCGGGCCUUCCUAGCCUCACGGGUUCAGAACCUCGAUAGCAUUGUACGCUUCCAAGAUGCUGGGCUACCCGUCGUAAAUCUCAAGGGCGAAGUUAUUUUCAAUGCCUGGAAAGAUGUUUUCACUGGGGCUGGAGCACCCUUUCCAUAUCCUCCUCGUAUAUACUCUUUUGAUGGUCGAAAUGUUCUCGCUGAUAAUAGAUGGUCUCAAAAACUGGUUUGGCAUGGUUCAGACAAACAUGGUGUGCGAGAUCUAGAAUCAUACUGUGAUGCUUGGCAUUCAGCAGGACUAGGAAAAGUGGGAAUGGCAAGUUCUCUUCUACGAGGACGCUUGCUGGAUCAAGAGCGUUAUUCUUGCAACAAUUCUUUCAUUGUCCUGUGUAUCGAAGCAACCAGCCAAGACGACUAUCGUCGAAAGAGGAAAAAGAGAGACAUAGAAGAUAAAGAAGUAACGUGGGAAGAAUUCCUCCAGAGUAUGGAAGAAGGCGACGAUGGGCAAGAACACGAAAUUCCUUAAAAAAACUUUAAAAUAGUGAAAUUUAUAAAGGAUUUUGUUUCUUUUGUACAUGUUUGUUUCGUUCAAAUUUUACUUUGUUGAAGAAAGAAAUCUUCUACGUUCUUUGUGAAAAUGCGGGAUUUUUUUCAUUGCAUCAGAAUAUGGUGCAAUUUUUCAUGCGUCACUUGUGUCUCAAAAAGUGAUUUAUUAUUUUCUAAGAAAGCAUUUGAUGUAAUCUUUUGUAAUUUAAUUAGGCAUCAUGAAUGUGCAGAAACUGUGUUUUAUCAGCAUUGGUAAUUUUUGCCUUGAGGAAGAGUACAUUAGAAAAAGUGCUUCUGGCAAGCGCUUUUAAGUGUGUUUUUGACAAAGUGGAGUAUCUUAAUCUGAGGCUCAAAGUAGAAAGUAUAUAGAAUGCACAUGCCAAACAUAAUCACGACACGACUGCUAUCAGAAUCCAAGUAAAGUGAUACAGAAUUUGAAAAAUGAAUGGUAUAUUUAUAAUUUCUGAAUCAAUAUUCGAAAUUGUUUCGGAUCUUGCUUGUAUGUAAGUUAUUUCUUUUCCCUUCUGUGCCAAACGCAAUUUAAUGUGAACUAACAUAAACUAAAAUCAGUGAAAGAGGAGCACAUUAUGCAUUUUAUUUAAUAAAGUUAUUUUUUUCCUCAUUAUUUAGCAUGAAAUGUUAUGUUAAAUAAGUCCCUGUUUGAAAAUUUCAUUCACAUUUAAUUUAAAACAGUCCUUCAAUAAAAUUUUUUAAAUUAUUUUUAUUUUUCAUUUUUAUGUUCAUUAAGUUAUAUAGAUAAUGAAUUUUCUAAAGUAUAAAAUUAGUAAUAGAAAAAAUGCAAUUCUGCACUUUCUCUUUCCUUUGAUCAUUUUUUUAAGUAUAAAGAGUACUAGUAAUAUUGCUUAAAAGAUGUGAGUGAAAUACUGAUGAGAGUACAGCUCAUGAUUUUAUUGGGAUCUGGCUUUCGUUAUUUUAUUUUUGCGUCUCCAAGGAAUUUAUUGCCGUGUUAAAAAAUUUCCUAAAAACUUGUCUUUCCAUUAUGAUUCCUUGGCAAAUGUAUAUAUUUCAGUUUAAAGUUUAUUUUGCGUGAUUUUAUUAAUAUAUUUAUCUGUAAAAAAUUAUUAAAUUUGCAUUAUGCUACAGACAUGAUUAUGCCAUACUAGUUAAAUAUAAAAAUACUGGUAAUAACAUUUUUAUAUCAUUUCCAUAUUUUAUGGUCAUAAUAGGAAACGUUUUGGAGUCAUUAAGUUAAUGAUUAAGUUUCAAAAUGAAACAUACAUCCUUGUAAUUGUUACUUUCAAAAGUGCUGUGGAUAUGUUGAAUGAAAACGUGUGUUCGUAAAUGUUACGAAUCUCAUAUCUGAUUCUUAACGAUCUGCCAUCAUUGUUCAAUAAAAAUCUAACAUCGUAUUUAAUGUUAAAUGUUCAUUGCUUAGUUCAUCCUAUGCUAGUCACAUUUGAUAUGUGUUCUGUAGGCAUGUUUCCCAAGUGAUUGCAGAUACGUGAUUGCCAUCAGUUGAUUCUAACUGAUGAGAAAAUCAUCUUCCUCUAGGAAACGGAUUUUAGAGUCAUUUGAUUGCUAUCACGUUUAAGCUUCGCUAAAACUUGUCAAAUGUAUUCAAUCUUCAUCAAUUUUAUACUUCAUAUAUUUUCUGCAGUUCUGUAACAGACAUUAGUAUGUGUUCCUAUGUAUGUCAGUAUUUUAUUUAUUUGUGUACAGAAACUGAACCAUGGCUACUUAAGUGAUAGUAUAGGAAAUGAAUGUCGUAUGAAGUAAAACUGUGCAGUAUUAAAUGUAUUGGAACUUACCUUAUUAAGACCUUAUUUAAGGAUGCAUCUCAAAUUCAUCAGAUAUCAGAGCAUGUGAUUGAAUCAUCCAUAAGCUCUACUUUACCGUCUAAAUGAAGAUGUUGCUUUCAAAAUUUUAAAGAAAUAUUUCAAACAAGUACUAUAUUUCACUGCAACUUUAAGUAAAUGUUGGCAAAUGUUAAGCUCAAUUUUUGUAUUUUCUAAGUCAUCUGAAAAAGCUGAACAAGUUUCUGAAAUUGAUUCCAAUUUUAAUUUAUUCUGAAUAGCAUACUCAAGCGGGAAAAUGUUUCAUACUGAAUUCUAUCACUUACAUACAGCUUUAACUAAUAAAUAUAUUUUAAAUUUCUCUUUGAAUAAUGUUAACUUUGUAAAGAAUAUGCCUUUUACUAAGUAUAACUCGUGGCAAAUCCUCACUAGUUUGUAAGCGACUUAUCGCAAUGUCUUAUAUGAAACAGAAACGUAAAAAGGGUUUUUUUUUAAACUAAUUAAGCUGAAAAGAAGGCACACGUGGUGCUUACAAAUCAGCCAGAAAUUUUGGCGCGAACUCAAAAACAGAAUUUUAAAUUUAAAACUAAAUGUAAGUAUUUAUUAGCCAAAGGCUAUGCAGAGAAAUUUAAACACGGAAAUUGGCUUUUGAGCUUACAUCGACGUGACAAUACUAUCAGUAAGAAGAAAGCAACGCUGAGUACAGGGACACUUAUCUUAGAAUAACAACUAGUAACGUGACCUUCAGCGGGAAAAACACGUUCUAUCAGAACAAUCUCAAACACCUUCUUAAAUACACGCAAAGUAAUUUGCAUUUUGGCAAGAAAAUGAAAACAGAGAAGAAAACAGUACAGAAUCAGAGCAUAAAAUAACUGGUUACUUAACAUAAAUAAACCCUACAGCUUUACUUUCAAGAAGCUGUUCUGUUUGCUAAGCUCAUUUAAUCCAAAUGCUCUGCAAGUUAGGAUGAUAAUAUGGAGAAACUGUAAAUCAAAUGUAAUCAAAUCGUAUGAAAAACGAUUCCAAAAUUUUAAAUAUAAAUACUUUUAUGCUCCGUGCUAAGAGCAUGCCUGUUGAGUUUUGUGUAUUCAGUGUGUUGCUUAUGAAAUAUUCAAGUGACAUUCUAAAAAUAUAAAUAUCACAAUGUAGCCAUGAUUUUCUUUGCGUGAUAUGAGUGAAGUAUGGGUGCAUUAAAAUGGUAAUAAUUCAAACAUAACUUGUCUUUUAUAAUUUGAUGUUUGUCUCGAACGUCAUUUUUGUCACCUAAAUCUCGAUUGAUUUGUAAAAAUAAUGAUUCUGUAAUAUUUGUUUAAAAGAGUGUUUAUGUGAAAUAUGUAUGAAGGGAAUUAAAUAUUUGAUAGAACUA